UUCCUGAUCCCAGCCGCCUAGGCGGACGGACAGACUCCUGGGUGGUGCUACCAGCCUUGCCAUUUGCCUUCUUGACAAGACCGCCGCCGGGCCUUGCACCAAUCGAUUGGGAGCUACAGGUUGCAGAUGCAGGAAGCCUUGCCCAUGGCCUUGGCUCUGUGAGGCUGGCUGCCAGUGUGCGGGUCCCCGGAGCUCAGGAAGACCAGAGCGGCCCCCGAAACCUAACACCAGCGCCCUCGCUGCCCCCGCUCCGCGGGCUGGCCUGCCAAGACCAUCACUAUGACUGAUGGAGAUUAUGACUAUCUGAUUAAACUCCUGGCCCUUGGAGACUCAGGAGUAGGGAAGACAACAUUUCUCUACAGAUACACAGACAAUAAAUUCAAUCCCAAAUUCAUCACUACAGUAGGAAUAGACUUUCGGGAAAAACGUGUGGUUUAUGACACACAAGGAGCAGAUGGAGCUUCAGGAAAAGCGUUUAAGGUACAUCUGCAGCUUUGGGACACUGCUGGACAAGAGCGGUUCCGGAGUCUCACCACCGCCUUCUUCAGAGAUGCCAUGGGCUUCUUACUAAUGUUUGACCUCACCAGUCAACAGAGCUUCUUGAAUGUCAGAAACUGGAUGAGCCAACUGCAGGCAAAUGCUUACUGUGAAAAUCCAGACAUAGUAUUAAUUGGCAACAAAGCAGACCUGACAGACCAAAGAGAAGUCAAUGAGCGACAAGCACGGGAACUGGCUGAAAAAUACGGCAUACCAUACUUCGAAACAAGUGCAGCAACAGGACAGAAUGUAGAGAAGUCAGUGGAAACCCUUCUGGACUUAAUCAUGAAGAGAAUGGAAAAGUGUGUGGAGAAGACACAGGUUCCGGACACUAUCAAUGGUGGAAAUUCUGGAAAGCUGAAUGGGGAAAAGCCAGCAGAAAAGAAAUGUGCCUGCUAGAUGCUCAGAGGAACUGCUGAUGGAGAGCUCACCCAAAUCCAAUGUCCCGAAACAAUGACAAACCACAACAUUGUUGUUGAGUAGUAGCUCAUGUGCAAUGGCACGCCUUUCUCCCCGGACCCCAAUCUAUUUUAAUAAAGCAGAAUAGUCAUAGUGUUAAAAGAACUGUACUGUUAUUCCAAGUCCCUUCCAAACAAAAAUCAAAGUUGUCCUAAGGUGAUCUCACUAUUGUGAAUUCUCCAUGGUAUUUUUAUAAGGUUCUGUAUAUGGAAAAAAAAGUAUCGGUGAAUUUUAAAUGAAAGCACAUAUUACUACCAUCCUGAAGAAAGGAAGAGGCUAUCUAAAAGGAGAAUUUAAAAGGAUGAUCUCUGCCUUCAUCUACUUAUGUGGAGUAUGACUCAUACUUCUUCUAUAUUUGCACUGGGGAAGACAUAUUCCUAAAAAUGGAUACAUAACAAAGAAUUCUACAUGACUUAUUAAAAAUGACUGUGUCUGCUCAGAAACCUGUACCGAGUUACUGAUAAAGUCAUGGGUAGGUGAAUGGUCCGCUUCUGUAGGAAGCUGUGUAAUUAUGCCAUUUUUAUAUCCCUAAUAAAUGGCAGAGAGACAAGAACAGGACCUUGGAUGAAAAAAUAUGAGGAAAAUUCCCUGGUAGAAAAUAAAACAUGGGUAUACCGUAUUUGUAUCUUUGAGUUAAGUCUGAGAGAGAGUUACUUACACAAAUGUCACUGAAGCAGAUUAGAAGCUAGUAUCACCAGUUUGAAUUGUCAAUGCCUUCAGAGACUCCUAUUCAAAUGAUCCAAACCUUUAGCAUCAUUUCUGAUGGUGCCCAAGUUCACAUUUUAUUUUUAAUUUUUAUCAAAUUCUUAGAAAGAGUCACAAGAAAAAGUAAAACAUUUUUAUUGUAUAUAUCUUACAAGUGUAAUAGAAAACUUAAUAUUUAGUCUUACAGUUUCUAAAUAUAUAAUUUGUUGCUGAGAGAAAAUAGAGUGAUUAUUAGUUAUGACUUUUACUUCAUUUUACAAAAGCACUAGAAAUUCUAAAUUUAUUUUUCCUCUAGACCACACUUACACCUGCCUUGAAGCGUUACAGAAGUGAAGGUGUGUUCAUGGGUCAAUAACAUCAAAGUAAUUAGGGACCAAUAAUUAUGGUCACCCUGAAUUUUCAUGCCAUUAAUCACCAAAAAUUGAUGCUUCAUUCUUUAUUAUAAUUUUUUAUACUUUGUCAGGAGGAAGUAUAGCUAUAUUUGAGGCGUACUUGAAAAAUUAGCAAGAAUGGAUCUGUGUUUCAACACAUCAAAACUACAGUCAAUGUUUUAUUUUGUUUUCCUGAAAGCUAUCUUUUCUUUCUAGAAUCAAUCACAGAUAUUCUUAUCAUUGUGAAAACUCAAAUUGUAUUACUUUUUAUUACUUGUAAUUUGGAAUACAUAUAGGCCAAUAUUACUGAAAUAAUAUUUAAAAUUGUCAAUUUUACCAAUAACAAAGACAAUAAUAUACUGUUAAUAAUAAAGAAAAAUGUCUUGGAGUUUUCUGUUUUCAUAGUGAGCUUACAAUUUGUAACAGGAUAGUUUCUCAUCCUUUGAAACAUUUCCAGUCUCAAACUUUUGCAUGCCUUGCCUCCUUUAAAAGUUACAAACAUUACAAAAUCAAAUCCAGGGCCAUAUCCAACUUCUUUCUGCUAACCUCUGUCCACUGUUGAGUCAGACAGAUGCAAGGACGUAUGCACACAAAAUAUUUUUUAAGACAAGUUAGAACCAGAACUGUGCCACUAAGCCACACAAUGUGGAGGCUUAGAUAGGAUUCACACUUAGUACAAUUCUCAGUGUCAACAGUUCAGCACUCCAGCUUGUACACUUCAUUCUCCAUUAAGAUUCCUUUCAAUUCUCACCAGCUGGGAUGCUCUUCAUGGUCUCAAUGUCUGUGCCAUAAGGGUAGACAGAUAACAGUCGAUUUUUGCAAUGUGUCUUCUGGAAGCAAAGUGGAAAGAAAUGACCAUGGCUAUGGCAAAAUCUGGUGAAUGUCGUGAGCCUGCUAUAUCUAUUUCAGGUUGAUUCAAGUCAUACCAGGAUUUCCAUAACAGAGAAUGGUGAGCCCUAUGGUGAUGAAGGGAUUUCAUCUAUCUCUCAGUUUACCAUUGUGGCCCAGUUAUGUAAUCAGUCACAUAAUUGGCUUGCUUACACGAAGAUUAACAAUUGUCAGAAUAGUAUUUUUCACAAUGUUUGAAGAACAUUGUUGCUAACUAGCAUGAAGCAGAGGGCAAUGGUGCCUGUAAAUAUUAAAGUGUGCCUACAAGAGUAAUAGGUAUGGGGUAAUAAGCCCUAGAGGGUUGACAUUUCAAACAGCUGAAAAUGAAAAUAAGCUAUAAACACUUGGUCUAGAAAUACUUCUGUUUGUGAACUGUGACAUCCGACCUCUAAAUCUAUUCAGUCAUGGUUAAAUUUUCUAUGAUUUUCAGAUUCUAGUUCUAUAUACUUCAUUAUACAAUUUCAAAUUGAUUUUUGCCAUAUUUUACUUUAAAUAACUAUCUUUUUUUAUCCCACUACAGCAUAUAUCUGUAGCUGAGAUAUUUUCUCUUAAUAAUUACCUCCCAAAUGCUUUCAGUGAACCAAUUGUAUUUUUGAGAGGUAUCUAAUGUACAUAAUACUUCUUUCUGAUACAGCACCCAAGUCUAGAGUGUUUACACUGGUUGAUGUUUACACAGCCUGAACUCAGUGCCUCAAACUCCUAUGUUUUGCCAGUUUUGUCUCCACCCACAUAACUCAUUCUCUCUAAUCUGAUGUCUCUGAAGAGUCUCACAGAGACAGUGAUAGAGCCGAACCCAUCUGAUAUUGUUAGCAAAGGAUGCAAAAGCAUUAUUGGGAUCUGGAGAUUAUUGCUACCUUCUCCUAACAUGUCACACAUUAGCAAUUGCUUGAAAAUUUUAACUACAAAUUGAUAUAAUGUUAUUUUAAUCUUAAAUAAGAAUGGUCCUCUGAAAAAUAUAUAAAACAAUGGUGAGAACAUAGUGCUGGUCUUGUUCUGAUUGUGGUAUUUAGCUAUGACCAAGUGGAGAAAAUGCUACUUUUUCUCUCCUUAAUGGUAUCAACAUUCAAACUUUACUACUUUAGCCAAUGUACUAAUAAUUCACUGAAAGGAAUUGUUAAAAGGAAAUGAACUUUUAUCUCUCCUUAAUAGUAUCAACAUUCAAACUUUACUACUUUAGCCAAUGUACUAAUAAUUCACUGAAAAAAAAAACCCACACAACUAGCAUUUUCUAAAGUAUCUAAUCUGUUAAUUUUUAACCAUAAGGCAUUCUAUGCAUCUAUGGGUGCCUUUGCUUUAUUGUACAUUUAUUGAUUGCUAACCUGUACAGAUAUAAUGACAGGGAGAAAGUUCGAAUAAUUGUUUAAUUGUCCUUUAUAUCAAAAAAAGCAAAAACAAAAAAAUGAAAACUUGCCCAUAAAUAACUGCAUGACAACAUUAAAAAUCUGUAACAACAGCCUCAUUCCAAAGACAUUUAAGCUCCAGAGUGAGUCUAUUGGAAAUGAGCAGAUUUAUGAACUCAAGGCUUCUUCUCAAUUAGUGCCCAAGGGCACCAGGAGGAGGCAGCUCUGUGUGGAGAUGCAGUGUGUUCCUAGAGAAGGUCAACAACCUGAAGGCACCUGUAAGGGGACCAUUCACUCUGCUGGACCUCUCCUCUCUCAGGGGGAAAAAUGCCUUCCUUGCUGUGUAGCACACCCAAUAUUUAUGGAUAAUUUGUCACUCAGAGGAUUUUAGAGUUAUAUUCUAACAUUCAACCUAUAAAGAAGUAACAUUUGUAACCUCUGUUUUACUGAGAUGUGUAGUAACUCUAUAAAACUCUGGAGAUGGGCAAGCUAAGGUGUAGGGUCUCUGAAUAGUAUAUUUGAGAACUUGGGUUUGUCCUCAGGGAACAGAGAAGGUGGAGGGGAGAGGAGGAGCUAAUAUUAGCCAAAGUGAUAGAAAACCUGAUUUUCAUCUUCUACUACCAAGCUUUACAAUAUUGAAAGUGGCCUAGGAACUCUGAGUAUUUUAAAGAAAGCUUUAUCAUAUUUUUAAAGAUGUCAAGAAACUAACUAUAGUUGUCUGAGAAUUUAAUCUAUUGAAUUUUCUUCUUGAUAUUCUACCAUGGCAAUGUCAGCUCAUUUCUGAGGUGACUUCAGAGAUCUGGGACCUGACAUUAAGUAUGGAGUAGUAACUGAGUGUUAUUUCAGUGCCUGUCUCACGAUGUAGAAAUGACAAGCAAAACUGGGUAUGGAGAAAACGUUAUAAAAAUUGUCAUUGAAUUCUUGAAUGGUGUCCAACCAUGAUGACACUGCGGAUCAAAAGUUAUGAACAGAAAUAAGAUGACAGCUAGCUAAGUCAAGCUUUUCAAUAUAGGAGAAAAUGAAGAUAGGUUGACUGGAGAAAAAAAGAUUUAUCAUUUUUAAACUAAAUCUGUGAAAAUAUUUUCUUGUCAUUCUGAUCUGUUUAGUGGAGUUUAUGGCCUUAUAACUAAGGAAAGAAAAAUAUAUAACUACCAAAUAUUUAGGAUACUUAGAGAUAUUUUAUUUAUUACAUAUGAAUCUGAUAUUCUUAAAAUAUAACUUUAAAUUUUCCAGCAGUAACAUUUAGAGAUUCUUUAUCGAAGCUUUCUCUGUACCAACAGUUUAUGACUGACAUGUUUUGUAAUUUCAUAUGUGAAAAGAUCAUUAAUCAAAGAAUAAGGAGGAACCAAGGUAAAACCAGUCCUGAAAUGAUGGAACUAUUUAAAAGGAUGCCAACUCUUAAAGAACAUGGUUUGAAGGUACUUUUCUGCUUCCUUUCCUUGCUGAGAGGUCCUGACCAUUAUGGCUAGCACCCUUCAGCUGACUGGGUCUUUCAAGAUGUGUGGUCUUUCAGUGUGUUCCUAGAGAAGGUCAACAGAAGGACCUACAGAAGACAGUUUAUCUGACCUUAACUGAAUGGAUCCCCUAUUUAACCAGCAAGUGUUAUCCUCAUGCCAAAUACUGUAUAUUACGGGACUCAGUCAUAUAUGCUUACUCUUUUGUUCCAUGUAAUUCUUUAAUGAAGAAUCUGUUAUAGAAAGGAAAAUGGCCAGAAUAAGAGCGUCACGACCAUGUGGCUUUGUGUAUAUAGAGCUUAACAAAUUUUGAGUAACUCAUAAGGUCCAAGUUACUUUAAAAAACAAAGGUACAACAGAAACGUUCUUUCAUAAACAGACACCAUUAGCAUGAACUAGGAAUAAUAAAUUUGCUCCUAUCCUGGAUCACAUGUCAUGGUGAGAUGUACAGUAUGGUCAUCACAGCAAUUGUAGUAGGAUGCUAAGGGACUGUCAGUCACUUUGAGAUCACUGUAUUUAAUUCAAAAUAUAUAAUGUAUCUUACUGUUGAAAAAAAUUUGAGCUCUGUUUCAAUUAACAUGUCAUCUUGUAUUUCUUUCAAGGAAACCAAUUAGAUUCAAUGUAGGCUAUUACAGGUUGUUUGAAAUCCCGUGUACAAAUAAAAUUUUAUGUCUAAAAGAUUCUUGUAUUUGAACUUAAGAAAAAUAAACUAUCCUGUUUUACUUUGUGUGCAGAAAUGAGACGUUCCUAAUAUAGAAGUGCUCCAUGGUAUCUUAAGUUUACUUUCUAGUAAUACUGUUAAUCUUUUUAACCUGAGCAUGUUUGUUUUGUCUGCUUUCUAUACAGACCUCCGUUUUGUCUAAUGAUUUAAAUGUAACCCAAGCCUUUAAAUGUAGAUUAUUUAAUGUGCUCCUGAAGAGGUUGUGGUUUCUGACAAAUGUUGUCAGGUUAUUAUUUGUUGUAUCAAAACUCCAGUGGCUUCAGAAAUCAUAGCAUUCCAUGAUUUUGUGGUAUCUUGGCUUGUGUAGUGUUGUUGGCAGCUGCAUUUAGUGACUGUUCCUGCACACUUUUCAAAUAAAAGCACAUUUUUACCAGGUA